GCGCGACAAUGAUCGCGUCCAUAUUACGCGUAAAGAAAUAAAUAAGGUAGUGAUCAGAUACAAUUAACCGAUCGACGGGAAGUGUAUGGUGCGGUACUCGGUGAAGUUAGGUGAAAAGAACUGACCGUCCAAGUUCACGUUGAACGAUGGACUCGUAAAACGGUCAGCGGCUUCGUUCUUUCACGAUCGUUCUCGGCAAAACGUCACGGUUAACAUGGAUGAGAAUUUGAGCCGUGGCUAUGUACAGUUAGGGAAAGCGAGAGGCAUGAAUGAAUUUAAAUUUUCCAACGGGUUCACUCAUCUGUCGCCGCCGGUCGACAAACGCAACUUUAUCUACUUCGCCCUUAUUCUUGGCGGUAUAGGAUUCCUUUUGCCGUACAACAGCUUCAUCAUAGCGGUGGACUAUUUCCAAGCGAGAUAUCCUGGAACUACCGUAAUAUUUGAUAUGUCGGUAGUUUACAUUACCAUGGCCUUCUUUGCAGUUUUUGCAAAUAACAUCUUGGUUGAAACGCUAUCCUUAAACACGCGGAUAACAUUUGGAUACUUGGUAUCGUUUGUCACCUUAAACUUUGUCGUGAUAUGCGAGAUCUGGUGGGAAUUCUUCGCCGUUACCACUUCGUAUACGAUUAAUUUAGUCGCUGUUGCUGUAGUGUCCCUUGGAUGCACAGUUCAACAGUCGAGCUUUUACGGAUACACGUCUAUGCUUCCCAGUCGGUACACUCAGGCGGUAAUGACUGGUGAAAGUAUCGCCGGUCUCUGGGUCUCCCUAAAUCGAAUAUUUACAAAGUCCUUGCUUAACGACGAGCGCGGUAACACAUCCAUGUUUUUUCUUAUGUCGAACAUAACCAUCCUGAUGUGUUUCGUGUUACACCAAGUAGUUCGCAAAACCGACUUUGUGCAAUUCUAUAUAACGUUAUGCCAAGAAAGAAAUCGAAUUACAUUGGAACCGACGGAAGACGUUGGCCUGAUGGAUCCUUUGGAUCAAGUCGGGGACCCUUCGAAAGGUCAGUAUGGAGUCCUAAAAAUUCAAACUAGUCCUUUAGGAAACGAAUCCGCGAGCGGAAAUACUGAUUUCAAUGGUGGGAAUCAGUAUUCGGCAUUUUCGUUCAGUAACCCCGUGUACGAACCCAGCGCGCCGUCAGGAAAUCCUCCUGGCAGCGCUGGUCCCACGUACAAAGUCGAAGACGUUGUUGUCAUGAGGGGAGCGUAUGGUACUCAGACCAGUAAACCGUGGCCAGAAAUUAAACGGGGUUUACUCGCAAGGCUCGAAGUGGCGAAAAUAAUAUUUCCAUACAUGUCGAGUAUCGGAGUGGCAUAUUGCGUCACGCUCUGCCUAUAUCCUGGUAUUAUGUCCGAGAUCAUUUCUUGCAAGCUUGAGUCGUGGAUGCCGGUGAUCUUGAUGACGGCGUUUAAUGCCUCUGACGUGUUGGGCAAGCUGCUUGCAUUGAUACCUUACGACUGGAAACGCAUUCAAUUGCUAUAUUUUUCGAGUGUUCGAAUCAUACUGAUUCCCUUGUUCCUGCUAUGCGCGCUACCAAGAGGUGCUCCCAUUCUCUCUGGCGAAGAGUAUCCAUUAUUAUUUUCUUGUCUACUCGGUGUGACGAAUGGUAUCGUUGGUUCUGUACCAAUGAUGCAAGCACCUACCAAAGUUCCAGAAGGUCAUCGCGAACUAGCAGGUAACAUCAUGACUUUGUCGUACAUCACGGGUCUAACUGUUGGCUCGUUUUUGGCAUACAUGAUGGACACGUGCUUUGGAGUACCAAUUCAAGCCAAAGAUGUAUGCUCCAAGAUAAUAAAAACAACAGCGAUGCCAGUUAACAAUACGACGUCAAGUAUUUUUAUAAACGCUGUGUCUUCCACUUUGCCGACGAUAGAAAACGUUACACCAAAGAUAAAAACUACCGUGAAUGUAUUGUCAACUCUCUUAACGUCUACUUUAGUUUAUAAUACUACUGUCAGUACGUUAACUACUGGCAUCAUAACGGCGUCUACAACUGCAUCUCCUAAACUAUUAAUUAAUGUUACUGCUUCCGUCAAUAACGCGAUUUUACAACACUAGGACACGCAUGUUUGUGUGCUGUGUUGAAUCUGGUGCUUUCUAUAAAGUUAUCGAAACCAGGAAUUAUGUGAGAGGAUAUUUUAAUCACUCGUCAUUUUGUUUGUUAAAUCGUAGCGUUUUCUGUAGGAAUUUAAAUCGAAUGUCUGAGGGAAUUUGAAGUCGAUUUAAAACGAUCGGUUAUUAGAAUUUAUCGCCAGAUUGAACACACACACAAAAGUUGAGGCUCUCUAUGAUUCCCAUGUACUCGUAUUCACAGCAACUACUUUAUUUGAUCUCUUAACAACUUAGUAAUCGAUGGACAUGCUUUCAACGAUUAAUCGAGCAUGCAAUUGAACGAGAGUCAAUACAAAAAUAACAAUGGAGCAAUAUUGAAUCGAGUUGAAAUUACAUUUAACGAACGUUCCUUUAAAUUAUAUGAUUAGUUUAACGAAAUGCUUGAACAUUUUGUAACAUAACGUGUGCUAGACACUCUUUGAAUCUAUGAUUAUAUCACACUUAAUUUUCUUAAAAGAUAUUGUGCCUUUCAUACCGUUGUGAAUAAUUUAAUUGACCAUUGCUUAUUACGUAUCGUUGUUAAAUGCAAGGAAAUUUCAAAUGUAUAGCUAUAAUAUUCGUUGCAAAUGGGAAAAAGAAUGAAUGUCUUUUAAUCCUUAAAUAGCAUAUCGACAAAUAACUAUCAUCUGGCAGAGACGAUUUUCGAGGAUCCUAAUUGACACGUGAAUUUAUACUGUUGAAACUAAUACUUGUUAGGGUCUCUGCCUGUCGAAAAAGAAAUGCUAUUAAAACGAACGAUAAGAUUAAAUUCAGUCCGAUAUCGUUUAAGGAUUAAAUCGAAUUUUUUGGAGCAUGUUAAACGUUUUAUUUAUUAAGUGAUACUCGUUAUUUUGAAUUUAUCUAGAACUGUCGGGAAGGACUAAUAGAGACUGUGGAAUAGGAGUCCUUCCUGGUAGUUCUAACGCGUGCGGAACUUGUUAGGUCAGUGGUCGAGGAAUAGGAAAUUUACGCGACGAAGUUAUCGUGUAAGUACAAUCUGUACGAAAUUGUUAUACUUAUGCGUGAACAGUUGAUAUAUAAAUAUAAGAUACGUAUACUUAACACGCGUACUUCCGUAUAAGGAAAAAAAGAAGAGUACUUGUUUCUUUCGAGAGCGCAGUUUUAUCUAUGUUACGAGCCCAAACAUGGCCAAGAUAUUUGGGCUUCUUCAUGGUUAAUACUAACUGAGGUUUCGAUGUUUAAGCCGUGUCUUUUGAGCAAGAUUCAGCUGUCAAAUAACGCUCUAAUAUUGCCUCAGUUAGCGUCAAUAUCAACUAUAUUCACAGUUGUGUGGGAGAUUAUAAUCAAAUUUUCAAUCUUUAAAUCAUAAUAGAAUUAAAAUAAUUAAAAGUG